AACAUACCUGGUUUUUGUUUUUUUCCCAUUCGCAGUCUUCUUGCCUCCUUACCCCUUAGGGGUGUGUUGAGCGAGAGACGCGAGUGUAACGAGUAAAGAGGAGGGAGGAGGAAAAAGAAGAAAGGUGGGAGGUGCAGAAGAGGAGCUGUUCGUCCGGCUUGCCUAGACGGCCGGAGCCCGUUGUUGCAUGCAUUAUAAAAGGCAAGUGCCUUUGGUGCAACGACUUCAGUCACGAACAUCUCACCCACGUCGACAGAUCUGCUCUCCCCACUUUUGCUUCUCCUCCAAUUCAAUCAUUUGCAUUUCUGCGGUACGAGUGUCGGCCAUUUGUUUCACCCCCCAAGGAUGGCACUGUCCGGUAGUAGGUCCAGCAGCGCACUGAUUGUGGUGUUGAGCGUCCUGUUGAUGGGCAUCAAUUCAGCCGAUUCUCAAUCGGCCGAGACGAUCGAAUGCACCAGCCAAGACACGACCUUUGAACUGAGGACGGGCUACGUUUUCACAGCGCCGGAGGAGAUCCUUGACACGCGGCCGGACACGCUCCAGCUGGCAGACUGUAUCGAAACUUGCCGUCUCAAUAGCAGCUGCUCAGCUCUUAAUUUCGAGACGGGACUGUGCGUCCUUUUCCGCACCAACGCGUUCGACACUCCCGAGGCGCUGACAAAGUCGCAGUUUCCUGUUUACACAAUUUACGCUCAAAGGAUCUGUUUGGCCAAUGCCAGCGAACUGUGCGCCCAGAGGUCCUGGGCUUACGAGAUGGUUCCGUCCUUCGAAAUGUCGACCUUCGUCCGCCAAAAGAAACAAGCGGCCACCCGCCGCGCCUGUAUGGAACUCUGCCUCAACGAGCAAACAUUCCAAUGCCGAUCGGCUAGCUUCAGCGCCACCACCGGUGAAUGCUCACUUAGCGACAUGGAUCGGUUCUCUGUGACAGCUCGAUCCGCUUACACGAACACGCCAGACGUGGACUAUUUCGAGACCAACUGCGUCGAUGACCCCGUCAAAAUGUGCGAUUUCCAACGGACCGAGGGACGCAUUCUGAAAACGGUUGACGCCGUGUUCCAGGAUGUCGAGACCGAGGAAGCCUGUAAAAAUCUUUGCCUAAAUGCCAACUUCCGUUGCCACUCGUUCGAUUUCGGAGACACUGGCGAUAAAGUGUGUCGACUCAGCCAUCACUCGGCCAGCUCCCUCAGUCAAAUUCAGGAUCCUUAUUUGGAGAUUCCCGAGGCGACCACGCAUGAACUGACGUCUUGUUAUAAUGUGACCAUCGAUUGCCGCUCAUCCGACAUGAUUGUCCGCGUCAAAACGAACCGCAUUUUCAGCGGCAAAUUGUACGCCAAAGAGAGGCCCAACUCGUGCGUCACAGAUGUCACUAGAGGUCUCGAAUUCGAGCUCAGACUCGGCUACCAAGAUCUUGGCUGCGAUGUCAAACAGGAAGGUCUGGGCAAAUUUUUCACUGAAGUCGUCAUCCAGCAUCACGACCAAAUAGUGACAAGUCAAGAUGUCGGUUUGGCUCUUCGCUGCUCUUAUCAACUGCAGAAUUACACUCUGACCAGUGGGCUCGAUUUGUCGGUGGCCAGUCGUGUGCCGACCAUCGCCGAAGAGUCGACUGUCGUUCCAGGACCGACAGUUGUCAUGAAAAUCGCCGCUCGUCAGGGUGGAGACAUCCAAACGGCCCAAGUGGGGGAUCCCCUCAGCCUCUUCUUCGAGAUUCAGGAACCAAACAGCCCGUAUUCGAUUUUUGUGCGCGAAUUGAUCGCGACCGAUGGAAUCGACAAUAGCGAAAUUUUGUUGAUUGAUUCCAACGGAUGCCCAACUGACCAGGAGAUCAUGGGACCCAUCAACGUUCUUAACGGCACCUCCAAAGUUCUUCGCGCUCCAUUCGACGCUUUCAAAUUCCCCAACUCGGACGUGGUCCAGUUCAAAGCGAUAGUGACUCCGUGCUUGCCCACUUGCGAGCCAGUCCAGUGUGAUGUCCAGGACUAUUUGGGCUAUCAUCGCAAAAUCGAAUCCAUGGGCAAGAGGAGGAGGAGGCGUAGCGACGCUGCUAGCCACGACCCGCACAAUUUGCUUGUCGUCCAGUCCAUCCGCAUUGCCGACAAGUUCCAGGCGGUUGCUGAUGCCUCGCCGGCCAAGACCAAAACAGCCUCGACCGAAUCCGAAGUGGCUGUCCUCCACAACACGGACAACGUCUCGCAACAUCACUCCAAUGUUCCACCGUGUCUUAACUUGCUAGGACUCCUGAUGGCCGGUGCUUUGUUCCUGGUGGCCCAGGCUGUCCUGAUCGGUGCCUGGGCUUUCAUCUGGCAAAAGAGACGUCAAACUAAAAUGGCCGAGACGACGAUUGAAAGCGACCGACGAUUUUUCUCAAGCACCUACGCCAAUAAUGCUUACGCCACUAGUUAAACAUCGCAAAUCGGUCCAGUCUCAGCUCAGCCUUUAACUUAUUCAACUUAUUGAAUACUACCCCCCACUUCUAACCCUAUUUUCUGAUUAUUAUCUUGUUGGAGUUAUUUGUUCGAGUGCCUUAUUAUUAUUUUUUUUUUUUUUCUUGUCUGAGAUUGAAUUCGUUUUGACAGGCAACUGAAACGAGUCAAUCACAAAACCAAACAGAAACAGGGAAGCUGUAACUUUACGUCCUAUUAUAUUGGCUUACUUAAAAAGAAAAAAAGGUUUUGGGUUAACAAUGUAUUCCAAUCAAGGUGACCGGGUGUGUCUUCUCCAAAUUUCCCAAACAUUUUGCUGAUUUUGUGUGUUGUGUGCGGAUGCGGUUAUGGGUUCCAUUUCUUUUACUUUCAUUUUUUUUUUAUUGUUUCACUCUUUUAGGGCUAUGGCAAACACGUCGAAGCUGGUCCGGCUCGAUGUGUUCGUCGUCUUUGUACAAAAAGAAACAAAAAUCACAACACAAUUUCAAUGGGUGUUACAUGGAAACGUCUCGAGAACAGCCAAUAAAACGGAUUACGAUGAA